AUUAAAAAGUGAGAGAGCAGACAAUAGUCAUCACUUCACCUCUCUUUGCGUUGUCUGGGCGUUACCUCUGUCCUUCACACUCUUUGCUUCUUCAAAGUUUCUCUCUUUCUCUGUAGAUUCACCAAAGCUUAGUCUCUUUCUCUCAGGUUCAGAAAAAGUCUUGAUUAUGGUAUUUGUAUAGCUGUGUGAGAAGAAGAUUAAGAGUGUUUGUUGAAGAUGAAGAAACAAUCAUCAAGCAGAAGCCAAAGAGGGAGCAGAGGUAUCAAAGGGAAGCAUGUUGUGCAGAUUUGUGUUCUGCUUGGAGUUUGCAUCUGGUUUAUCUAUCAAGUCAAGUAUUCUCAUGACAAGAAGAAGGAGUUCUUUGAUGCAGAUGGAAAGAAAUCGACGGCGUUGUUAGAGAGUGAAGAAGGGAUGGUGAAGCUUGGGAGAAAAGAUCUUCUUCCCGGUUAUCAUAGCCAGGAAGAGAAAGAGAAGCAUGUGGAAGGAGACGAGGAAGAUGAAGAAGAAGAGACAGAGAAAGAGAGCAAGAGUAAUGUAGAGAAUAGUACUCAUGAGGAAGAGGAGGAUGAAGAAGAUAAGAACAAGCAAGGAGAGGAAGUAGUUGAAGAGGAUGAGGAAGAAAACAAACAUGAAGAAGAAGAAGAAGAUGUUAUUGAUGAACAAGAUCAAAGCAAAGAUGAUGAAUUGCUUCAAGAAGAGAAGGAGAAUGGAUCGAAUGAGAGAGAAACAGAGACUAAUCAUGCGGAUGAGACUGAUAUGACUGUUCAUGAGGCACGUGAGGAGCAUUACAAGGCAGAUGAUGCUUCCAGCGCAGUGUCUCAUGAGUCUCGGAUACUGAACACUGAGAGAUUGAAAGAAAGCUUUGGAAAUUCAACAGGACCCGCUCAGGAGAACGGUUCCAAUGCCACUAUAAUCGAGGUCGAGGUUCAGAAGGAACCUGUCUUGAAGUUAGGUGAAGCUGUGGAGAAAACAACCACGGAGGUGAAAGAAGGUGACAGUGAAUCAUCCAAUUCCGAAAGUGCAGUUCCUGAAGCUUCAGGGUUUGUGCAGAAUGAAACAAAAACCAUGCAAGAACGGAGUCAAGAACAUGACAGAACAGAAGAUGGUGCACCACCUUCCGGAUCAUCUGAUCUACAGACACUCGUUCAACUUGAGCAAACCGGUAAUGAAACUGAUGCCAACGUCACUGUUUCUGCAAACAUUACAAACACAUCUUCCAUUCAAGAUGAUGAGUUCAGGAACUCAACUUCAGUGUCUUCUCUAAUUGAAAACACCUCUGGGUCGAACACAACUGAAGAGAAGGAGAGUUCAAGAUAUGAAGGUGAUGAUGAAACAGAAGAUAAAGAAAGUUCAGAACAUUUUGCCACAGAGCAAACGGAGGAAGCAGAUGAUACUCCUGAAAGCACAAUGUUGCAAGAAGAGAGAGAAGCUCUCACUGAUCCACAAACUCUGCCGGAUAUAAGUAUAGAAGGGAGAGAAGAAGAAGAUGAAGAGGAAGCGAUGGCUGCAGAGUAAAUGAAGAAGCUCCGAUGGAAAGAAAAUGGAUAAGUUAAUGUGAAUGUUUUCUAUCGGUUUUUCUGCUUUUUUUCAGCUGUCAUAGUAAAAACUAGAAACAUCAGUGUCUGUCUCUGUUACUUUAGUUUCAAAAAUUGUAUAUUAAUCUUCAAGUUUGGCUA